AUGGUGGCACCUUUUGAGCCGGGAGCAUCCCCCGUGGCCCCACUCACCGGCCCCUCUGCUCUGAGCGGGCAGGACAGCCUGGCCCUGUCUCUCCUGCUGAGUCUAGAAGAGACGCCAGCACCGAUGGGGAGGAGACUUAAGUACAAGGCGCUCUGGCAGGAGGCUGUGCAGGUGAUCAGCGGGCUAAAGCAGAGGAUUCUCAAGCUGGAGCGGCAGUGCAAGGAGAAAGACCACACUAUCGACAAACUGCAGACUGAUAUGAAGACCACUAACUUGGAGGAGAUGAGGAUCGCCAUGGAGACGUAUUACGAGGAGAUUCAUCGUCUCCAGACUCUCCUGGCAAGUUCUGAAACGACAGGAAAGAAGCCUCCAGUGGAGAAGAAAAUCGGCCUUAAAAGGCAGAAAAAAAUGAGCAGUGCCCUGCUGAGCUUGUCGCGGAGCGUCCAGGAGCUCACGGAGGAGAACCAGAGCCUGAAGAAAGACCUGGACCGCGCGCUGAGCGACUCCCCCACCGCCUCCAAGAUAAAGGGCUCUGUGGAAUGGAGCAAGCCCCGGCUGCUUCGGCGGAUCGCAGAGCUGGAAAAAAAAAUAGGUGUGAUGGAAAGCCCCAAAUCCCACGCUUCAGAGGCGGUGAGGUCUACCCCGCCGGCUCACCGGGUGUCCAGCUCCACGGCGCACCGGCAGCCGCGCCCCGACCGCCAGGAGGAGAGCGAGCGACUGCGGGGGGCUGUGAAGAGCCUGAAGGGCGAGCGGAAUGCCCUGCACGCCCAGCUGCAGGAGCGAGAUCUGGAGGUGAAGCAGCUACUGCAGACAAAGGCUGACUUGGAGGAGGAGCUGGAAAGCAUGAAGGAGGGUGAGAAGGAGGGAAGAGAAAGAGAGGAGGCUUUGAGGGAGGAAAUUCAAGCACUUACCAGGAAGUUUCAAGAACUGGAAGAAAGUAAGAAAGGAGAGGAGGAAGAUCCCGGGGAGAUGAGUCCUGAGCCCCGGGAAGCGCCCCGACGCCCCGGUCCCUCCCAGAUGGACUCGGAGCUGGACACGAGCGAGGGGGGCUCCUCCAGGCCCCAGCCGGGCUGCUCCGAGGGGAGAAGAGACGCCGCCGCCCGGCUCCUGCAGCGCCGGUGGAAGGGGCACCAGCACCGGAAAAACAAGGCCGUUCUGCACGAGGACUCGCCCGAGCCCCGCGUCCCGAGCCCCGCCGUCCAGGCCGAGGGGGACCCGUGGCAAGAGGAGGCCGUCACCAUCAUCCAGUCUGCCUUCCGGGCACACCUGGCACGGGCCAGGCACAGUGCUGCUGGUCCAAGAGCUGCCACCGCAGCGUUUCCCGACAGACCUGCUUGGGCCCCACGCAGCGCACCCUCCUCUCCGCCCUUCCCUGCGGCCUCUCCUGGGCAGGAAGACAGCGAGGGGAGCAGCGGGGAGGCCGCGGAGGCUCCGGCUCCCGGGGACGGGGCGCCGAGGCCAUGGGGACCGGGGCCGCCGGCAGCCCCGCCGCCCUGCUCUGACGUGGGCGUCCCCAAGGCUCUGACCCCAACCAGACCCCACCCAGACCCGAAAUGUCGACGUGGACGUCUGCACAUGUGUGCCUCAGUCACCAGGCCCCAGCGGCUCCUGCUGAGAGCCCCCGACACCUGCAGUGAGGCUGGCUGACCCCACCGGGGGCCCCACGGACCCCAGGACGAACCCCAACUCCUGAACCUGCCGUGCCCCCCGCGCACAGUCACAGCACGCACACGAUGCAAACACGCAUACACGCACAGGCGUGCACACGCGUGCACGUGCACACCCCCCCAACUCAAGCCACCGUAAGCUAUGUGAGGCUCUUCCGUUCUUCCAAAAAGGAGACCACAAAAAAAGACCAACUUGAAAGUUCCCACACUUUUCAUGGGUGUGGAUGAAACUAUCAAAUGCCAACUUGUUCAUGACUCUUUAAUUUGGUCAUACGUAUUUAAAAAUCGUGUAAAAGGAGACAUCCUUUGGUUUCUUGAGCUCACAGCAGCGUCACACCCCUGGCCUCGGUCAUUCCCACCCUGCGGAUGGCUGCAGAAUCCGCGGGUAGCUCCCUGGCCCGACUGUCUUCCGCGCUCCACGCCUGGCUCUCCAGCCGCCUCCUUACCGUCUCCUUCUGGAUGUCUUGACAUCUCACCUCACCUCGUCCGGAACUACGCUCACCGGCCUCACACCCAUUAGGAUGGCUACUAUAAAAAUAAACAAACAAAAAAAUCAGAGGUGUUUGUUGGUGAGGAUAUGGAGAAACUGGAAUCCCGUGUCCUGACGGUCUGAAUUUAAGGUGGCGUAGCCACUGUGGGAAACAGUACGGCGAGUCCUCGAAAAAUUAAAUAUAGACUUACCAUAUGAUCCAGGAAUUCCACAUCUGGGCCUACACCCCCAAAGAGUUGAAAGCACGGACUCAGACAGAUCACAGCGUUAUUCACAGCAGCCAAAAGGUGGAAGCGAGCAACCCAUGUCCAUUGAUGGCUGAAUAGACAAACACAAUAUGGUUCAUCCAUUCAAUGGAAUAUCACUCAGCCUCAAAAAGGAAGGAGAUUCUGACACCUGCUGCAACGUGGACGGACCUUGAGGGCAGGCUGCUCAGUGAAAUAAGCCAGACACAGAAGGACAGAUACUGUGUGAUUCCACUCCUAGGAGGUCCCUGGAGGAGCCAGGUCCAUAGAGACAGAAAGUAGAGGGUGGGCGCCCGGGGCUGGGGGAGGGGGAGGGGGAGGGGAGUGAGUGUGUAAUGGGGGCAGAGCCUCAGUCUGGGAAGAUGGAAGGUUCUGCAGAUGAUGGUGGUGAUGGUUGCACAACAAUGUGAAUGUGCUUAAUACCCCUGAACUGUACACUUUAAAACGGUUAAAAUGAGAAUGUUUUGUUAUAUGUAUUUUACCCCAAUUUUAAAAAGUGUUUUAAAUGACACAAUUCUCCCCUCCCCAGCAGGCUCACCC